AUGUCUGAUAAGGACACUGAAGCCGCGGCGAACUGCGAAGUUUGCCGAGUCAAGUGCUGGACGAGGGAAGGCUUCUUCGGAAAGUACUCCUACAAGUACCUGUGCACCCCGACGGUGUCGUGCCUGGGGAAGGGCGCAAAUGCUCCCAUGUGGCUCGGUAAGGACGAGAAGCUGCCUCUCCUCCUCUCCGUCGUCCUCGGCCUGCAGCACUGCCUCGCGAUGCUUGCGGGCAUAGCCACGUCCGGAGGACUCCUCAUCGCCGGCGACACCUGCAUGGCAUUCCAGUGUGCGCUCCAGCCCUUCAUGGUCUCCACGUCAUGGCUGGCGUCUGGCAUUCUCACCCUGAUCCAAGUCUUCCGCUGCAAGAUCCGGGGCACGCCCUUCUACCUCGGCACAGGACUUAUCUCUGUGAUGGGCACCUCCUUCACCUUUCUCCCGAUCGCACGCGAGAUGACGACGGCGUACAUCCAAGACGCAAAGAACACUGGCGACCCGCGCUGCGUGACCCUCGACUCUGGCGUCAUCGACUGCCCGCGAGUCGGCAUGGAGGGUUAUGGCGCCUUCCUCGGGACCUGCAUGGUCGCCUGCUUCCUCGAGAUCGCCAUCUCCUUCAUCCCUUCAAGGAUCCGCGCGAAGAUGUUUCCUCCGGUUGUGCUCGGCGUGGCAGUCAUGAUGAUCGGCGCCGGCCUCGUCUCGUCGGGCAUCAAGUACGUUGGCGGCGGAGUUUUCUGCGGCGAGAACAUGGCGACGAGGGCCGCAGCCUUUGGCUCGGGCCCCCAGAUUUGCAACGAGAACGGCGACGUGACGCUUGCCUUUGGCGCGCCGCAGCACAUCGGGCUCGCGGCCUCGGUCAUCCUCUUUGGGGUCGUGCUGAAUGUCGCCGGCUCGCCCUUCCUCAAGUCGACGUUCCUCUUCUGGGGCCUCGUCUUCGGCACCAUCGUCGCCGCGAUCUCCUCGUACACCGACGACGAAGGCAUCCAGUACGACUACUUCGGCGACAGCGCGAAGGAGAAGGUUGACGCCGCGCCGGCGUUUGUCUUCUUUUGGUCCGAGGACCAGUUCCCGAUCUCCUUUGACAUCGUGUACCUGCUUCCCAUCCUCCUCGCGACCUACAUCACGACCGCCGAGACAGUGGGCGACGUCACCAUGACAGCCCUUUACUCUGGCAUCACCGACCCGGAGGACGUCAACGAGCGCAUCCAAGGCGGCCUGCUAGCCGACGGCGUGAACUCGUUCCUAGCCUGCUGCUUCGGCACGGCGCCAAACACGACUUUCUCGCAAAACAACGGCAUAAUUAAGCUCUCACAGUGCGCCUCCCGCUCCGCCGGCUUCGCGUGCGCGAUCUGGCUCAUCCUCCUCGGCAUCUUUGGGAAGAUCGGCGCCGCCUUCACCACCAUCCCCAUCGCGGUCGUCGGCGGCGUGGUCCUGCAAUGCUUCACGAUGGUUUUCGUCGCGGGUAUGUCCAUCGUCGCGCCGACCCUCAACCGGCGCAACUCGUACAUCGUUAUGCUCUCGAUCGCCUUUGGGCUCGGGGUCGCCAUGGAGCCGCAGCUCUUCGAGGCGUCGGGCGCCUUCUACGCGAAGAACCUGCGGCACAACUUUGGCCUGUGGCCCGAGGCGGACGUCUGCGCCCGCUUCCCCACCGUGACAACCGUCCUGGUGCCCGCCACGUGCGGCUUUGCGGGCGGCGCCGUCGAACUGUCCGAAGCGGACUGCCUCGUCGCGGGCGGCAACUACUCGGCACCGGUGCUCGGCGAGCCGGUCGAGGUGACCACGUGCAUCAACAACAACGGUAACUGCUGCGCGGAGUACAAGGCCGGCCGCAAGGGCCUCCGCACCGCCGUCAUGAUGUUGCUCAAGACCCCUUACGGCAUCGGCGUCAUCAUCGCCGUGAUCCUGAACGCGAUCCUCCCACACGAGAAAGAGGACGUGAGCGACGACGACAUUUUCGGCAAGAAGACCCGCACCGCGAGCUCCGAGCCCGCCACGGAGGCCAUCUGA